AUGGAUUUUGGGCUAGAGCAGAAGCUACGGGAUUUGGGGGCCAUCUGCGGGACGAAGAACGUUCAGAGCACGUUAUAUCUGGUUGUGCUGACGACACUUUUGAUUCUCUACAAGCAGCGGAAGCAGGUCGGAAAUAUCAUGGACGGCAUCGGGCAGGUCGCGGGGAACUUCACGCGCGACUUUCGGCACCGGAUGCUGGGGCGGUGGGCGCCGCAGAGCGCGGAGCUGGAGAAGCAGGCGCACCAGCACGGGGGGAACGUGGGGGGUUUAGUGAACGACGGUAACACGUGCUUCAUCAACUCGGUGAUACAGUCAUUAGCGUCGUCGCGCGAGUUGUUGAGGUUUUUGGACGAGGAGAUUAUCGACGCAAGUCAGCCGGGCACGGAUGAGAGCGCGGACGAUGUGCAGAACGGGGACGAGGACGAAGGCUCUUCGAGCGCGAAGAAGAAGGCGUACGGCAAGCGCAAGAAGAAGCAGGCGCGCGCCGCCGACGCCGUAGCGCUGGCCAAGGCCGACGGGCCGCGUACGGACUUUAGUGCCGCUUUGCGGGAGCUUAUCGACAACUUGAACGGGAAGCACUACCGGAACAAGCCGUACUUCAGGACCAGCGGUUUGUUGAAGACGAUGUCCAAGGCGCCCAACAAGAACAUUAUUCUUGGCUACGACCAGGAGGAUGCGCAGGAGUUUUUCCAGACCAUCUUAUCGGAGCUUGAGAAAGACGUGCAGUCUAUCCAAGGCAAGCCUGAGAAGAAUGCGAAGCCGGUACCAAAAGAGGAACUCCCUGGCGAUGCUAUUAUUGGCUCGGAACAUAUAGGGCGCAUCGGAACAGUCUACAUUCCGACUGAGCAGAUAGCGCCCAACAGCGUUUUGAAUGACCCCGAGCGAUACUACACGCCAUUUAAGCUUCUGACGCCUUUUGAUGGAAUUACCGCGGAGCGUGUUGGGUGUUUGCAGUGCGGCGAGAAUGGCGGCAUUCGCUACUGUUUGUUUUCCAGCUUGUCCUUAAACUUACCGAACGACAACACAAGCUCUACGUUGAAGUUGUCUGAAUUGUUGCGUGAGUGGGUUAAGCCAGAGAUCAUUGAGGGUGUUGAGUGUAACCGAUGUGCACUACAGGCGGUGCACGCCCAUUUAGCCGCCAAGGUCAAGGAGCUGCAGGCUGCUGAGGACGAGAAGGCGAUGUCUGCUAAGCUUAUAAGCCUGAUGAAGGCGAGAUUAGAACAAUUGGAGGGGAUCCUAGCAAAGCCGGCCAUCGACGAUGAAGAUUACAAGAAACUACACACAGAUAACAUGGUGCGUAAGUGCUCGAAGUCGAAGCAGACCUUGAUAACGCGGCCGCCACCGUUGUUGUCGAUUCACAUCAACCGUUCGGUCUUCGAUCCCCGCACGUUCAUGAUCCGGAAGAACAACUCCAAGGUGCUGUUCAAGUCAAGACUCAACUUGGCUCCAUGGUGCUGUGGCGUCGAUGAGGUGAACCUAGAUGCGCGUCUACCCAUGUCCAAGAAGGACGCGGCUGAGCUCGAAGAGUCUUCUGAGGACGAGCCUCAGGGAACCGAAUACUACAACAAGCUCCACCUCAGGUUCCAAGCCGAGUACGAGGACGAAGAUGACCUGGAUAAAGGACCCAAUCCCUCAGGACCACAUUCCAGUUACCGUGCCGUCGCGGACGUCCCCAAUUACGAUCCGUUAGCUGGCGAGUACUCUUCGUCCAGUGAGGAGGAACACGAGAGGGAGUCGAUUGAAUUGGACGCGCUUGGCAACACGAUUCCAAAGAAUGGGCCGGCGUCUUUGGAGGAAUUGUCCUCGGACGAAGACCUUGCAACCAAGCCGCGCGCGGAGAUCCUUGAGAAGCCAGAUAACGACGAGGACGAGGAGCCCAGUGACGAUGAGGAUGCCGACGACUACGACUCGGAUUCUCCCCGGCCCGGCGACAGCGGCAGCGAACUCAGAGACCCUCCUGCGCCGGCGACAUUCGCUACGGAACUGCACGGAUCCAGCGUCCUGGCCUCCCCGUUGACCUAUUCCUUGCGCUCCGUCAUCGUCCACUAUGGCACACACAACUACGGACACUACAUUGCCUUCCGCAAGUUCCGUGGUGUGUGGUGGCGCAUCAGCGACGAAACAGCGUACAUCGUCGAUGAAGCUGAGGUCUUGUCCACACCGGGCGUUUUCAUGUUGUUCUACGAGUAUGACUAUGACGAGGCGACCGGGCAGUUGCGUGACGACUUGGGCUGCCUACAGGAGCCCAAGGUCGUGCUGUCAGAUGGGGACGAGGAAUACGACUCAUUGACCGGGUCCACCAAGACCUCGAUCAACGAGCAGCUGUAG